UUCAAGAACAACUUAACCCUUUCCCACAUUCUCUCUCCCUGUAUAUAUAAAACCACCAUCACCUUAUAUCUUCAACCAAUUUCAAAACAAACUUCAGAUAUAGCCAAAACCAAACACACAAUCUGUUUCUCUCAAUUCUCCAAUUCAUCUGUGAGCACCCAUUUACACAUUUCAAAGCACAAAUGAGAAACUCAGUGCUAGUGCCACUGAUCUUGCUUGUUCUUGCUGGUUUUCCAUCGAAGGCAAAAGGGUAUCUGCAACCAUUAACAGAUCGUCCUGGUGCACUCUGGGCUGACAUAUGGUCUGAUCGUUUCCUUGACCCGUAUCGUGUGUUGGAACAAAUCCCAUUUGGGGUUGGCAAAGAUCAGGCAUCCAUGGCUGUGUCACCUGCGCGAGUAGAUUGGAAGGAGACACCAGAGGGGCAUGUUAUAAUGAUCGACGUGCCAGGGUUGAAGAAAGAUGAGAUAAAGAUAGAAAUUGAGGGUAAUAGAGUGCUGAGAGUGAGUGGAGAAAGGAAGAAGGAGGAGGAGAAGGAAGGCGAUCACUGGCAUAGAGUGGAAAGAUCUUAUGGAAAAUUUUGGAGGCAGUUCAAAGUACCAGAGAAUGUGGAUUUUGAUUCUCUCAGGGCUAAGUUAGAGAAUGGAGUGCUUACUCUCACCAUGGCCAAGUUGUCACCUGAUAAGAUCAAAGUUUCAAGACUGGUUAGCAUUGCAGAGGAUGAUCAAGGAAAACAGGAUCUUUGAAUUGCUGAUAAAUGGUAAUAGCUAUAUGUAUACUGUUAUGAACUUCUUGUGUGUUAGUAAAUGAUUCAUGAAAAAGGGUUGGAUUGUGUGGAUAAAACAUGUUCUACUGUACUAAGGUCUUUUUGUUGUGAUCAUGUAACAAGUUACUGGUCUUGUUUGAUUUACUUAGUUGAUCUUA